CCCCCUAGCCUUUGCGGACCACCUGGGGCCUCUCCUAAAAUAAUGUUUCGGAGAUUCGAAGACAGCGCAGGAGUACAGGUGUGCCAGGACUAAGUCAUCCUGCAUUACCAAUGAAGCACUCGCACCAUAUUUCACACAGGAGCUUGUGAAGGAGAUGAAAAAAGCCCCGUAUACCCUUGUUACGGAUGGGUCGAAUGACACUGGAGUGGAAAAGAUGAACCCGCUUACUGUCCGGGUCUUCAUGGGCAGCAAAGUUGUCCACCAGUUCUUAAAUAUGUGCACAACAAGUGGGAGGAGAUGUGGGCCAGCAAGUGAGAUCUUCACCAAAAUGAACUCCACCAUAGAGGAGCAUGGCAUCCCUUGGGAGAACUGCAUUGGUCUCUCAGUUUACAAUGCAGCUGUGAACAUUGGACCACGUAAUCCCAUUGCCUCUAGGGUGCUCCAGAAGCAUCCCAACACCUAUAUUCAUGGUUGUCCUUGUCAUGUGGCACAUAACACCGCCAAAGCUGCAGGAGUGGGAUUUUUUAAAGUGUCCGGUUUUGAUUUGGAGGAUAUGGUAGUGGACAUCGGUUACUGGUUCAAGGGUAGCACAAAUCGGAAAGGAUACCUGUCAGAGUUUUGUGAGCUCCAUGAAGCGGAGUACAUGGAGGUCCUCCUGCAUAUCUCGGUCCGUUGGCUAAGCCUUGAACGUUGUGUGACCAGGAUCCUGAGGCUGUAUGAACCUCUGGCCAGCUACUACAAAUCUGCUAAUGAAAAUCAGGCCAGGUUCAAGAGACUUGUGCAGACAUUCACUGUCCCCAUGACAGAAGUGUACCUGCUGUUCUUCCAAGCCACCGUACCAACUUUCACUUCUUUCAACUUGCUGCUUCAGAGAGAGCAGUCAUCAAUAUUUUUGUUACAUGAUGAGAUGGUGAAAUUCGUACGCAAGCUAUGUUCCAAGUUUAUGGUUCCAGCAGCUCUGCAGUGCCAUGAGGAGCCUUGUGAAAUUGCCUUUGAAGAAAAGGCAAACCAUUUACCAGAUUACUCGACGAGGGUGACAUCACACCACAGCAGGAGAUCCAUUCAUGGAUUUAGUUAUGGCUUGAGAAUGUGA